GACGCCUGCAGCACCCAGAAGUGAACAGCAGGCGACCCGGAAGGUUUGAAGUCCGACUGAGAGCAGGCAGAAAGAAGAGUCAAUCCUUUAUAAAAUAUUUCUCCCCUCGCUGGUUCAGGAUGGCUGAACCUCGCUUUAACAACCCUUAUUUUUGGCCUCCACCUCCCACUAUGCCCGGCCAGCUGGAUAACCUAGUCUUGAUCAAUAAAAUCAAGGAGCAGCUGAUGGCAGAGAAGAUCAGACCGCCACAUCUGCCCGCUGCCUCAGCCCCUUCCCAACAGCCCUUACUGGCUCCGCCCAUCCAGGCGGAUGGCAGCCAGCAUGGGAUGUCCAAAGCUCACCAGAUGCAGGUUCUCCACAGCCACAGCCCAUCUCAGCCUGAUAUCGCCCUGCACGCCCGCCCCGCCUCCAGCUCAGUCACAGGUCGCAUUCUUGGCGAUGUAAACUUGAAUCUGGACGAUAAGGCAGCUAUAAAAGCCAGAGGAUUAUGGGAAGACUGGCAUCUGCGUCAACUUAUAGACCAUCCCUCCAGGACAAACCACGUCUCAGGUGUGGCGCUGGCAUCCAGAACAGGUAACCUCAACACCUCAGAGAUCAUCACCCCCACCACGCCCACCUCCAGCAGCCACAGCCGGCUGGGCGGAGCCCCCACACCUCACCUCAUCUCAGGGUUAGCCGGCAGCCACGGGAUGGAGCCCGGGAAAAACAACGGAGGACUUGUGGGACUCCUAGGCCCCCCUCCAAAGGAGGAACGGGGGCGUAAGAGGAUCAAAGCAGAGAAUGGAUCGUCUCUUUUGGUGGUGCCCUACCCAAUCCUAGCCUCAGGCAACGACCAGUCCUGCGUCACCAUCACUACCAAAGAAGGAAAAACCUACAGGUGUAAAAUUUGUCCGCUGACCUUCUUCUCCAAGUCAGACAUGCAGAUCCACUCCAAAACACACACAGAGGCAAAGGCUCACAAGUGUCCUCACUGCACCAAGUCCUUUGCAAACGCAUCCUACCUGGCCCAGCACCUGCGCAUACACCUGGGUGUCAAACCUUAUCGGUGCUCCUACUGUGAGAAAUGUUUUCGCCAGCUCUCCCAUCUGCAGCAGCACACCAGAAUCCACACCGGUGACCGGCCAUACAAAUGCGCCCAUCCAGGAUGUGACAAAGCUUUUACUCAGCUAUCUAAUCUGCAGUCUCACCAGAGGCAGCACAACAAAGACAAGCCCUUCAAAUGUUCCAACUGUUACCGUGCCUAUUCAGACUCUGCCUCACUGCAGAUCCACCUGUCUGCACACGCCAUCAAAAACGCCAAGGCCUACUGCUGCAGCAUGUGCGGCCGGGCGUACACGUCGGAGACGUACCUCAUGAAACACAUGUCUAAACACACAAUGGUGGAACAUGUGGUGUCUCAUCACUCCCCCCAGCACAGGACAGAGUCUCCCACCAUCCCUAUACGGAUCUCCCUCAUCUGAGCUCCUUCCUCGCCUCCUCCCCUCCCGUCAGAGACGUUUCCUGUGAUAUCCGUGUUCCUCUAAUGGAAUUUGAACCCACAGAUGGGUUCCAAAAAUGUGCCAGAUUGUACACGUGUCUUGUGAAGAGGUGCUCUUUAAACGAGUAUAUCCUCCUUUCCUUUCUUGCUGACCAGAUAGUAUUAUCGGGGACAUCCAAAGAUGACUUCUCAGCACUUUCAGGCCUGGAAAUGACAGGCCUUAAAAAUGUCUUUUUCUAUGUGACUUCACAGUAAAAAAAAAAAAUUAAAAAAGACAAAAAAAACAAAAACAAAAACAAAACAUAAAUAUUGCUCCAGGCAGCUACAGUACAUGGAAAAACUUUUUAACCUUUUUGUGUAAUAACAAGAUGACAUUGUCUUAUUUUAUAUGGUCCAUUACUUUCUUUACUUAAGUCUUUGCAAAAAAGAAUAUAUUUGCAUCAGAAAUAGUCUUCCGUUAGCUGAGCGAACAUAAAGGUGAAUGCUUAUAUAAUGUGUAUUCAUGUAUAUCGUGCCACUUUUUAUGUCAGUGUUUGCAACGUUUCACCAAUCAUGUGGCCAUAAAGCACGUAUAAUUCACUUUUUUUUCACAGUUAUAUUCGCCUUGUUCUCAACAUUGCCUUGCAGGAUGUGUGACUCAUAAUUAGACAGAUGGAUAUAUUUUCUUUUAUACGUAUACAUAAUGUUAUAAAAUUGCAAGGCAGUCCAAGAGUUUGAAGUUAUACUAUAGUGGAUUGUCAGUUACUGUUUGUAAACAUGCUCGCCAGCAAAAGUAAAAGUCAACCCCAGACUCACAAGGGCAACACAGAAGUGCCAAAAACUGCAGUUCCUCAAAUGUCCACAUGAGGCUGGCUCUAAAAGCGAAUCAAUCCCAGUAGACCGCCAUGUUAAAAUGCCAAACAGCAGAAAUAAACAUGUUUACAGCCAGGCACAAAAAUGGUUUUGGUCUCUGUAGCUGAUUUCUCUCUUUAUGACUGUACGGGAAGUUACGGAAAAUAGCUUUUUUGUUUACUAUAAAUUAAGGCUUAAAGUAAAGCAUAGUUAGGGGCGGGCCUCUCUGAGUGACAGGCUGUCUGUUGACGGUGUCCUCAAGUUCCCAGUCAGAUCCACCCCUCGCUCCUCCACAGCACCAGCCUCUCGUCCAGAUGUGGUCACUUCUGGCUCCAAAAAAAAUCAAGAUGGCGACAGGCAAAAUGCUAAACUCAAGGCUUUAAAACAGGAGUCCAAAAACCAAUAGGUGACAUCACUAUAGUUUUAUCAUGUUCAAUGGUUUUGCCUCACGAUAUAAGGUUUUUUUUUCAGGGCUGGGUGGAUGUCUGCUGCUCAUAGUCUGGCACCUGGCCACUAACUUUUUAUUAUUUUUUGUUUGUUUGUUUGUUGGCUUUUUUAGGAUGUCCAUAAAUGUCCUGAACACAGAAAAUAGAAAGACAGUUAUAAAAUACAGGAAGAAGGCAGAGUCUCUGCAGAAAAAUACACUGCCACACUAAUAUUUAAAAAAAAAAAUCCUG